GCGGCUUCCGGCUGGCAAGAUGGUGGCGCGCAAGAGAAAGCGUGCGGAGCGAGACGCUGAGAGUCUCCCGAGCCCUCCCGGCUACUCAGCCAUUCCAAUCAAGUUCUCUGAAAAGCAGCAGGCAUGUCAUUACCUCUAUGUGAGAGAACACAGAGUUCGAGAAGGCACCAAUUCUGCCUGGCCUCAGAAGCGGACCCUUUUUGUCCUCAAUGUACCCCCAUACUGCACGGAGGGGUGCCUGUCCCGCCUCCUGUCUCCCUGCGGCUCUGUCCAGUCUGUGGAGUUACAGGAGAAGCCGGACCUCACCGAGAGCCCAAAGGAGCCAGUGUCGAAGUUUUUUCAUCCCAAGCCCGUUCCGGGGUUCCAGGUUGCCUACGUGGUGUUCCAGAAGCCCAGUGGAGUGUCGGCUGCCUUGGCCCUGAGGGGCCCUUUGCUGGUCUCGACAGAGAGUCACCCUGUGAAAACUGGUGUUCACAAGUGGAUCAGCGAGUAUGCAGACUCAGUGCUGGACCCCGAGGCCCUGAGGGCCGAAGUGGACACGUUCAUGGAGGCGUAUGACAAGAAGAUAGCUGAGGAGGAAGCUAAGGCUAAGGAGGAGGAAGGCGUCCCUGACGAGGAGGGCUGGGUGAAGGUGACUCGCCGUGGCCGGCGGUCGGCGCUGCCCCGGACGGAGUUGGCCAGCCUGCGAGUGCUGGAGAGGGAGAAGCGGAAGCGCGCCCACAAGGAGCUGCUCAACUUCUAUGCCUGGCAGCACCGCGAGACCAAGAUGGAGCAUCUGGCACAGCUACGCAAGAAGUUUGAGGAGGACAAGCAGAGGAUUGAACUGAUGCGGGCCCAGCGCAAAUUCCGACCCUUCUGAGCCAGCCGGGCCCUGGGGGUCCCCUUCGAGGGCACAGUGACUGAGGCACAGGGCCGGGCCUGGAGGGCGUGUCUCCAUCGGGAGGGGCUACCUUGGCGAGUGGCAUCUCUGAAGCCCAUCUCUGAGCCCACACAAGCAGGAGGGAAGAACAGCGUCAGACUUGGUCCUGGUGUGACCAGGCCUGCCCAGUGUGAGGACUUGGCCCUCAGGACCCCCCUGCCCUGGAAGUGGCCCCCAGCCUCACAGUGUUUCCGCCAGCAGCUUAGGUGCAGGGGACCUAGUUCCAGCUCUGUUGUUCCCCUGCCCCCCUAGGCGGGAAAGCCUUGCUGGCUGUGAGGCAGCCGCAGGAGCAGUGUGAACACCAGGUCACUUAUUCCUCAUCCAUCGGGCAGCGGUGACAGGCGGCAAGAGCCACGGGGGCCUGUCCCAGCCCCUUUGUCCUCCAGCCCAUGCCAGCUCACCUCAAUUAACCACAAAGUAGAACCGCCAAAUCUGGACGCUGUCUUCCCUGUUGAAUUCACAGAUAUUAAAGCCAGACUUUCAGA